CCUCCAUUCCAAUGGUUCAGCAAAACGAAAUCACCGCAACAAUGGAGACGACCUCUCGGAAACACCUCUCCUCCGUCGCCAAUGACGUCAUCCAACACUGUGCUCUGAUAGUCGGCAGUUCUGUGGAAGGAUUGGUGGAGGAGUUUGAGACUUCGUGGAAACCUGAGACUGGAAGCUAUUCGAGGAAGUUCUUGGAGUUUUGUAGUGCCAAGGCUCUGGCCGAUAUGUGCCGGAACUUGAAGGAAGAUAUUUGCAAUGGUUCGUUUAGCCGCUUCAGCUUUGAUAUGAUGCUUGCUUGGGAGAUGCCUUCCACUGAAGCUGAAGAGUCUCGCGAGGAGUGUGUGGCAAAGAUGAAAGAAGAGAAGAAUAAAGUCGUAGCAGCCAAUGUGCCGCCAGAGCAAGAUGAGAUCCCUCUUUUCUAUUCGGACCUUAUGCCCUUGCUUGUUGACGACGAUCCAGAUGUUGGAGAAGAUGCAUUUGUGUGGUUAGGGACUUUAGUUCCAUUAGUUUCGGAUCUUGUCAAUACAAGAUCCACAUUCGAAACUCUAACAGCUCCAACUGGACACCGGCUGCAUUUCCCAGCCUAUGAUAAAUUUCUGAAGGAAAUUGAGAAAUGCAUAAAUCAUCUGCAGAAACAGGCAACUCCAAAGGGUGUUGAGCUACGUGAUGAUGAGUUUAUAUUGCAUGUGGAGGGAACUGCUAGCUCGCAGAGGGUAGUGCGCCACAUUGGAUCAACAAGUUGGCCUGGCAGACUUACAUUAACUAAUUACAGCCUCUAUUUUGAGGCCUCUGGUGUGAUAACUUACGAAAAGGCAGUUGAGAUAGAACUCUCAAGGGACACUCUGCACAGUGUGAAACCAGCUUCUACUGGACCUUGGGGUGCACCACUUUUUGACAAGGCAAUCUUCUACGAGUCCCCUGAGAUAUCAGAGGAAGUUGUGUUGGAGUUUCCAGAGAUCACAAGUUCCACAAGACGUGAUCACUGGCUUGCGCUAAUUAAGGAGAUCAUACUCUUGCAUUGUUUUUUGCGGAAAUUUAAUUUGGAAAAUCCAAUGCAAGUGUGGGAGAUUCAUUCAAGAACAAUUCUGGGGAUUAUAAGGCUUCACGCAGCCAGAGAAUUGCUUAGAAUAUCUCCACCUGUUCCUACAAAGUUCUUAAUAUUUGCCUUAUGUGAUGAGUUACCAAAGGGUGAUUAUGUACUAAAAGAACUUGCUGAGAAUCUGAAGUUGCUGAAUAGUGGACGCCCAUGUAAUGCAACUGCAACUCUAAGAUAUUUGAACAUGUCACAGUUAACCAACUCCAGUGUAGAAGAAAUUGAGAAAGUCUGUAAUGUAAGUGAACGUGAUGAAGCACAGUUCUCCUUAGAGAAUGCCAUUAAUCAGGCCAGAGAAAAAGAGAAGGAAGUUGUCCAUGCCAAGGCUACCACUGUAGGACUGAAAGAGGAAGGCAUCGGUGAAAGUGCACUCAUCUUCAUGGAGCUAUUAAAGCCACUUAAGAGCAGGUUACCUUGGUUCAAAGAAGUUCUUGAAUGGGAAAGACCAGCGGCUACUGUUACCGUGCUCACUACAUCUUUGAUAAUUACAUUUAAGGAGUGGUUGGGCAAGGCUGUGGCUGCCCUCCUGUUUUGGGUGGUCUUGGUGAUGCUUCAAGCGAGAAAGAAAAAGAUUCAGGAAAAGUGCGAUGAGAUUGUGGUCUGCACUGCCUCUGACCAGACUACGAUGGAGAGCAUAGUAUCUGCCCAACAAAGUUUGCAAAAUGUGCACGAGAUUGUGCAGGCUGCAAACAUUGCGGUGUUAAAGAUUUGGUCCAUUUUCAUAUCCAAAACCCGGAAGCACGCGGACAUGGUAAUGGCGGUACUGAGUGGGGUGGCAAUAAUACUGGCAGUGGUUCCAACGAAGUACAUAAUAAUGGGGGCAAUAUUAUAUGGCUUUUUGAUGACCUCAAGAGUAGGGAAGAAAACUAAGGGUACCAACAGCGGUGGAGGAGACAGACGGCUGAAGGAGUGGUGGGACUCCAUCCCUGUCAUCCGCGUCCGUGUCGUUGACAAGCUUCCCGAGAGCGGCGGCCCUUCCGACUAAGGGUAAUCCUCCACUCACCCUUUUCCAUGCUUUCCUAGUUUCUCCAUUUCUCCCUUUUUCUUAAUGUCUAUUCUGAUCCUUUGCCAUUUGUGAAUAUAGACAAACUGAAGGCCCCUUAUAGAACAACGUGACAGUGGGAUUUUAUUGAAAAUAUUUUGGGGGCU